GCACAUCUAAAGGUUUGAAAAGUAUUUGGAGAAUAACAAAAUACAAAGUGGCAAGCUUCCACGUUGUUAGGAACCCUAUAGAGUUGUUCGUUUUCAUAGAGUUUACUGUCAAACCAGCCAACUUUCUUUCGAUUCGUUGAAAACAAAUCUCAUUUCCCUACUUGUCAGCAGUCGCAUUGUUUCGUACGAAUUUUGAUACAAACUUUUCUAGUUCUUGGAAAAUUUCAAUCAUUAAUCUAUUUCAAUCCGUCGAACUGCGCAUGUGCAACCUGAAUUAAUACUUUAACAUCUCAAACAAGUUGUUUAGCCGAAAUUUCUCCCAAAUUGUUGCACUUUGAGAUUCCGAUAGCCAUGAAUGUCAAUGUUACGGGUGAAUAUACGCUGGCUGAGAUCGAAGUGGUUGUGGACACGGAGUUGAGUCCCGAUGACCUGCAACCCGGAGCCACAGUGCUGGCAUCCAACGAGGGUGAGGGCGACCUGGAGAAGAUCGUCAGCCACGAGGAGCUCUCUAGGUUUUUUACCGUGACACCGUCGCCAGCCAUCCAAAUGCCCACCGAAGUGGUGGUGGAGCGCACCCUGGCGGAUCCGGCUCUCAAGCAGAUCCUGCAGGAGGCUGACGGCAAGAAAGGCUUUGAUCCGCAGGCGGAGCAACUGAAGAUUCGCGACUUUUUGGCCGGGGUCAAAAGCAGCAAGAUGACCACCGAGCAGUCGGUGUUUCAUGUAUCGCGUUCCAGCUCAUUUGCAACAACCGGAUGUCGCAUAAAAUGCCCCCAAUGUCUGGUUCAGUACGAUACUGCCGCCUUCAAGAGCCACUCCUGCGAAUUCGAUGUCGAGCGGAAGCCCGUAGAAGUGGUAGUUUCCCAGCAAGAGAAGCCUCUGCCUGUCCCGACUCUGUGUGCUCCUCCUGCUGCUGCUGCUGCUCCGCCCAGCAAACCGAGCAGCGAGCGUGUGAUUCUUGAGAACCAGGUGCGCCUGUGUCGCUACAUGAAGGACGAGAUGAAGUACGACCUGACCACUGGCAUCGAUAGCUCGCGGAACCGGAAGUCGGGUAAGGGACCCAACGAGUGUACCAUGUGCGAUCGCAAGUUUGUGCAUGCUUCGGGAUUGGUGCGCCACAUGGAGAAGCACGCCCUGGAUCUGAUCCCCUUGGCGACCAGCCUGCAACCGCAUACAGUUCCGGCUGCCGGGCUCCAUGUGGUGGUCAAGUGCAACGCCUGCGGUCGACUUUUCUACGAUCCGCAGGUGGCCCUGGAGCACGGGCUCAUUCACUUUCCGGAGCAGCCACGUCUGUAUGAUUCUCCGGAAAUUCGAUCCUCCAACGCCGAGCUGGAUUUAAAGGAGUUCAUGCUGGACAGCGAAAUGUGGCUGGCGGGAGAGGUCACAAUCACAACCAUGCAGCAAAAGAUCAGCCGACUGGAGAAGGACUUAUUCACCAGUCUGAUCCUGGGCAGCAUUCUGCAGUGCGAGUUCUGCGAGUACAUCUUCGCCGACAUCGCAGAGCUGCUCAUCCACUCGGCCUCCCAUGUGGCAGAGCGGCGAUUCGAGUGCACCGCUUGCGACAUCCAGAUGAACACGGCCAAGGAGGCCAGCAUCCACUUCCAGACGGACUGCAUCUUCAUGCGCGAGGCGAACAGGUCGCUAAGUGUCACACUGAGUCGUUACUUUGUGUGCAAUGUGUGCGAGCUGAAGUUCGCCAACACGGACCUUUUGCAGGAGCAUCGGUACACCUCAUAUCACUACUUUCCGCGUCUCAACGCGAGUGGUAAGAAGCUGCUGCUGCCCUGCGAGUUCUGCGAGGUCAACUUCGAGUUUGCAAACGAGAUCCAGGCGCACAAUGAGGAGAAGCAUUUAAACAAGAAGAAACGUGAGAAGGAGACCCGCAGCACGGGCACUGGUCGCUUGCGUCAGUACCUCUGCGACAUCUGCGGGAAGUCCUACACCCAAUCUAGUCAUCUGUGGCAGCACCUGCGUUUCCACCAGGGUGUCAAGCCCUUUGUCUGUCAGGAGGAGAACUGCGACAGGAAGUUUACCAUCCGACCAGACCUGAACGACCACAUCCGGAAGUGCCACACGGGCGAACGACCAUAUCUCUGUUUGGUGUGUGGCAAGCGCUUCCUGACUGGGUCCGUCUUCUACCAGCACCGGCUCAUCCAUCGAGGCGAGCGGCGCUACGAGUGCGAGGAGUGUGGCAAGCGGUUCUACCGAGCGGAUGCCCUCAAGAACCACCAGCGCAUCCACACCGGCGAGAAGCCGUACAGCUGUCUCUUCUGCACCAAGACCUUCCGGCAGCGUGGCGACAGGGACAAGCACAUCCGGGCGCGCCACGCCCACCUGGACGCCAACUCGCGACUGAUGAUGCAGAUGCAGAAGUUCCAGCUGGAGUCGGCUGCAGCCGCCGCCCUUCAGGCCAAGCAUCAUCCGGACGAGCAAGCUCCUUUGGAGGAGGCCUCUGGCUCGGGGUCCGGAUUGGUAGAGACUGGCGAUCCGGGGAUGCAGUACUCCGUCCUGCCAGAGCAGAAUGACGAAUUGAUGUGCCUGUCAAUGAACGGCGUGAACAACAAUUUCCUUAUGUCGCAGUAUGGCCAGGCAGUGCCAAUGGAGGCGGGUGGCUCAGAGCAGGAGAUAAUUGUCUUCGAAGAUCCGGCCCAGCAGGAUAUGGAUAUGUUGAGCAUGUUCGAGCCGCAGCCAGGUCAGCCGCCAAUGCAAGGUGGUGAAAAUGCCAGGGUGGUUGUUGUCAAAAACAAUCCGUCCCACCCACUGUUUUCGGAUACUUAUAUGUAAAAGUCGAAUUCAAAUUUGAAUAAAGCGCCAUAGGAAUACAGGGGCCACUGGCUAAUGGUGGUGCCACCUUGGUAGUGGCUA